AUGUGGAAUCUCUCCAACGGAGACCAUGGGCAAGCAUUGGAUUUUCUUGAUUUGCAGAUUACAUUUUACGAGGACAGGAACUUCCAAGGUCGUAGUUAUGAGUGCAGCAAUGACUGCACAGACCUGCACUCCUACUUCAGCCGCUGUAACUCCAUCAGGGUGGAGAGUGGCUGUUUUAUGAUCUAUGAGCGCCCCAACUACAUGGGUCACCAGUAUUACAUGAGAAGGGGAGAAUAUCCUGAUUAUCAGCGUUGGAUGGGCUUCAGUAGCUGUAUCCGAUCAUGCCGUAUGAUUCCAAUGUACCGGGGUUCAUAUAGGAUGCGAAUCUACGAGAAGGCCGACUUCAGCGGUCACAUGAUGGAGUUCAUGGAUGACUGUCCCUGUGUGUCUGAUCGUUUCCACCACCGCCACGUCUACUCCUGUAAUAUCAUGAACGGCUUCUGGAUCUUCUACGAGUAUCCCAACUACCGGGGCCGACAGUACUUCCUAAGAGCCGGAGAGUACAGAAGAUACCGUGAAUGGUGCGCCACCUGCGCCAUUGUAGGCUCCUUUAGACGGGUCACUGACUUUUAGCCAUCCUGCUC